CUGAUCUAUUAAACGCAAGAUUACGGUCAAACACUGAAUUAGUUUGCAAAUCAGCUGGAAAUUCUUGGAUAUCAACGACUUUCGGUGAAAAGAUAAAAACAGAUAAAGAGCGAAUCAAAAUUAUUUUCACUGAUCCAGCCGUCAAAAAAUCUAUAUUGGAAACAUUAAGCAGAGUCAAACACAUUUACCGCGACAAAGAUGCUUGUAUUUCUAGGUUGAAAAGACUAGAAGCCGAGAAGUAUAAUUCAACAGGAAAUAAAGAAAUUGCUCUGUUGUAUUUUAGUCAAGCUGUAUUGCGAGCAACUCCUACUGGGGAAGUACAAUCGAUCGACAACGGCUAUUCGUUGAUUUUGGCUUUAUUGGAAAGAGCUAAUGUCUUGAUGACCCUUGGAGAUUAUGGAUUCGCACUGAACGAUUUAAAUUUAGCUGCAAACGAAACGCUACCUUCAAAUCUACGAACACAGUUGGAAAAUACACGACAAAACUGCUAUGAAUUGAUAAGAAAGUCAACAGUGACAGUGCCAUACAAACAUAUGGAAAACAAGAACAGUUAUUCAAAACCUAUACCUCCUGAAUUAACUGGUGGACCAUGUGAAUCAAUGGCAGGGUUAUCGAAUCUUGUUGAAGUACAGCAGACUGCAAAUGCAGGAGUUCAUGCUGUUGCUGCUGGAAAAAUUAACGUUGGAGAUAUUCUGGCAGUCGAAGCACCAUUUGUAUCAUGUCUGUUACCUGAGUACUAUGGUACCCAUUGCCAAAAUUGUUUCGUACGACUGAGAGCUCCAAUCGGAUGCCCAAACUGCAGCUUGGUUGCAUUCUGUGGUGAAGCUUGUCGAGAUUCAGGAACGAAAACGUAUCAUAAAUACGAAUGUAAAAUUCUUACACUUCUUAUAGGAUCUGGUAUGAGUAUUCUAAGUAUCCUUGCACUUAGAAUGGUAACUGAAAGAGGCCUAGAUUAUUGUAAGAAAAUGUACGAGAAAUUUGAAAACACUGAUAAUUUAUCUAAUAAUGAUAAAAAAGAUGAGACAGAAAAAAGCAUGAGUGAAUCAAUGAAACAUCGUAUUCGUAAAAAAAACCUUAAUGAGAGUGUAACAGCAAAUGAACAUGAUACAUCGAAUAUCUUAAAUCAAAUUAUUGAGUAUGAUUCAACACCAUAUAAUUUAGUGACCCAUGAUUCUAGCAGAUCGGCUUUUGAUUUUUUUGAAAGAACUUUAAUGGCAGCGUUUUUACUGAGAUGUCUGCAAACAGUUGAUUUUUUCAACGGAUCGUCAAGUGUCAAAGAUACACUAAGCAAUGAGAAUCUUGCAGUUGCUGUUGUGUUAUUAAGAAAUCUUCAACUUUUGCAAUUCAAUGCUCAUGAAAUAAGUGAGACGCGAAUUAGUAACGAACAUAGAUUCCAAAAAAGUAAAGUUGUUUACAUUGGAGUGGCACUCUAUAUUAAUUGUGCACGAUUCAAUCAUGAUUGUUAUCCCGCUGUGACAAGAUAUUUUACUGGACGUGACAUUGUUAUCUGUGCUACUCGCCCGCUUAAUCCUGGUGAAACUGUCGCUGAAAAUUAUGGGCCAAUAUUCACAAAGAGAUCAUUGAAGGACCGUCAACAAUCACUUGAAGGCAGAUACUGGUUCAAAUGCAGUUGUCUGGCCUGCAUUGAAGACUGGCCAAGCUUUGACAAUCUUAUCAAUUAUAAAACACGGUUCAGGUGUACAACAAGAGAUUGCCCAGGUCUUCUAGAAGCUCUUGAGAAUUCGAAACACUUAGUCAAAUGUAUGGUUUGUAAAAAAAAAAUCAAUCUCAAACACCAAUUUAGAAACCUUCACAACUGCAUUGCUAAAUAUUCAAGAGGAUUUGCUUUAAUGGAGGAAGAAAAACCCAUUGAGGCAGGGAGAGAAUUAAAAACGGCCCUCGAAGAAUUUCACAAAAUUGCAUGUCCACCCCACCGAGAAACACAUUUGGCAGAAAUCGCGUUAGCAGCUUGUAUGGCUGACUCUGGGAAUCUUUGGAAACUAUAGAAAAUAUAGCUAGUCAUAAGCAGAGCCGGGAAGUUCGUCUGCCAUUUCAGUUUGCCGUAAAUACCAUGGCAACAUGGUGAAUUAUAGUGGAAAAAAAAGACGAUUUUCCAUGAACCUUGUACAUGGAAAAAAUUGCCAAAAGAGGCCAAAAACAUAAGGCCAUUUUUAAGAGGCCAAUAAAGCCAUUUUUCGAGGCCUUUUUGUCCAUGUACGAGGUUCAGAUCGUCUUUUUUUUUAACUAUAUUUCAUCAUAAUGCCAUGGUAUUUACGGCAAACUGAAAUAACAGACGAACUUCCCGGCUCUGGUCAUAAGACAUUACAGAUUAUUCCACAACUUUUACUAGUUUUAUUUAAGUAAAAAUAAAGACACCCAAAUUACAAAACCAAUACUAUAAGAUAAUGAAUGAAAGAGCAUAAAAAAAAUUUUAUUCAAAAUGUUCUUCGAAACUAAAAUGAUUGUUGACAGUGCAUUAUUUAUUUGAAUCAAUUUGUUAUUCCAAAUAAUUCUUGGUUCCAAUAAACUGUCAAUUUAGUGUUAAUGUGAUGUCAUUUCGAUGUCGUUUCCUACGUGGCUUCUUAAUGUGAUAUUAUCCAAUAUACGCAGCAUAAACAUCACGUGCGUCAGAAUCGAUUGGUACCAAUCUAAAAAAAAGGAAAUUGAAUAAUUAGGGCCUAGAUGAUCUUUUACCCAUAAUGAUGACAUGUUUUGAUUCAUAUUUGAACCACUUGAGUGAUCUAGAGAACCCCUGGAACAAUUGUAACAUACAAAUCAUCUACCUUAAGUACAACAGAGUAUCGGAAAAUUGUUAUAAGUGAAAUGUAAGCGCGACAUUACUUGAAGUGAUAAUAAACUCGAUCAUUUUGUUGA